GACGUCAUCAUUACGUUGCAGAUAAAGCGACGACAACAAAGUCACGCUUGGUUAAAGCACUCAAAUAGAAGCUUGUUGCCUUCUAUUUGGCUGCAUUAGAUAAACACGUAACGUAUGUGGCAUUAGCCACAUUACAACUGCAACGACGAAAGUGAAAAUGUUUGCAAGGACCACAGCAAAGUACGUGGAGGAAAAGGACCGUGGUCCUCAACGACUGGAAGAUGUUUGGCUGCAGCCUUAUGUUGUGUUGCACAGAGUAGACCUCAGUGAAGCGAUUCGUCCUGAACGGCAGGAGCAAGAGCGCAUUCGCAUUAAAAGGGAAGAUGUGGGCAAAGAGGUCCACCACUUGAAUGAACAAAUGGAGCAGACAUUUCUUUGCACUAUAAAAGAGGAAGAGCCAGAGCUGCCUUGUAAUGAAGAGGAGAGAGAAGACUCCUGCAACAUUAAAGAGGAGGGAGAAGACUCCUAUGACAUUAAAAAGGAGGAAGAAGAGGAGGAGAUCUGCAAGGUGCCAUUGACUGGUGUAUUUGUGACGAGUUUAGAUGAGGGUCAACAUGAAUUCCCUCGGAGGGAACAUUUAAAAAGGCAUACAAGAAUCCGCACUGGUGGGAAAUCUUUUGCAUGCUCAGUUUGUGGCCAAAUAUUAUCAAACAAGCGAAAUUUAAAAAAUCACACAACAAUCCACACCGGUGAGAAGCCUUUUUCAUGCCUAUUUUGCGGCAAAAGAUUUUCUGUGAAGAGAUAUAUAACACUUCAUACAAGAGUUCACACUGGUGAGAAAAAUUUUUCAUGCUCAGUUUGUGGCAAGAAAUUCUCUCAGGGGGGAUAUUUAAAAACUCAUACAAUAAUCCACACUGGUGAGAAACCUUUUUCAUGUACAGUUUGUGGCAAAACAUUUUCUCUGAAGGGAAAUCUAACAGCUCAUACAAGAAUUCACUCUGGUGAGAAACGUUUUUCAUGCUCAGUUUGUGGCAAAAAAUUCACUCUGAAGGUAAACUUAAAAAGUCAUACAAAAAUUCACACCCGGUCACCUGCCAAAGAGUCUAUUGAGAAUUCCGAGUGUGUUGGGGAGAUGAGCUAUGAUCCGUGAAGUUUUCACCUUCUGUUUGAGCGGACUUCAUGAGCCGUAGCCAUUACCGUAAUUUACGGACUAUGUCACGUUUUUUUUCAUAGUUUGGGUGGGGGGCAAUUUAUAAUAAGGAGCAACUUAUAUGUAUUUUUUUCAAAAAUGUCUUCGUCCCCCCAAAAAAAGUGAAACCGGGAUGUAGCAAGGGAUUACUGUAAUUUGAAUUUCAAGUAACGUCAGCAGCGCGGCGGUUGUUUACAUAAAGGACAAAGAUUGAUCACGGGAGGACGAAGGGCCCCACGUACUACCGGCAUCAUUAGCGACUUUGUUUCUAAAUCACAUGGCAGACGAAGAGUUUGAAGGAUUUGGAGUGACACAAGGUUUGAAAAACUAUUAUGGCUUUUAUCCACGCCCGGUCCUACUCUGAGCUUUCUUUCACCUCCGUGGAUUGAAGUUGGGGGGCCGGCGCUCAGCCGGGUGGCUGUCCAGGGACGGUGGAUAGGGCUCGGACAUGGCUUUUACGCACGGCCGGUCCUAUUUUAUGGAUCUCUCUUCCACCUCCGUGGCUGGAAGUUUGUUUUGUUAAAUAAAGAGCCGUUUACCAAA